AUGUGUUUCGAACGAGAAACAAAAUUAAAAAUCAUCGUUUUUCCAAUGAAUCGCGGCCCUCUCAUUUGCGAGUACAUAAAAAUUGUUUUCCCCGGCUCAUUCACACCGUCCGCCGGCGAACCUAAGAAAGACCAAUGCAACAAAACCGUAGAAAUAUACGAAGACGUUUCGUCGCCGGAGGUCACCGAAGCCAACUUCGGCAAACCCAUGACGUGCUGGUACCGGUUUCGAUCCUUCCGGGGCACUCCCAAAGACUGGAUACUGAGGAUUAAAUUCAACAAAUUCAAAAUCGGGAAUUUGCUCAACGCCACUCAUUGCGAAGGCGGCUAUUUACAGGUAAGCCAAUGCGCAUGA